AUGCAGGCGCCUGCCGCCGUCGAGGUCGCCGGCGCGGCGGCCGCGAGCGGGGAGGGAGGCGGCCCAGGCGACGGCGGCGGCGACGCGGCGCCGAUGGACGUGGACGGAUGCAGCGGGGCCGGCUGCGAGCAGCCGGGGGGUGGCGGCAGCGAACCGCGGGACCCCGAGGGAGAGGCUGAGGCCCAGCCGGGCAGGCUGCCGCCCAAGCAGCGGCAGAAGCAGAGCAGCCGCGCCAGCAACCAGGUUGCGGAGCCUGAGGUCCUGUUGGCAGACGCGUCACAGCCGCCAGCAGCCGCGUUGCUGCCGCAGCCGCGGUCCCCACCGGCUACCCAGCAGCAGCAGCAGCAGCAGCAGCAGCAGCAGCAGCAGCAGCAGCAGCAGCAGCAGGAGCAGCUAGCGCCCCUCGCGCUGCUCCGCCUGCCUCGGGUGGUGCACCUGUCGGCCACCGUCCGCGCCCUGCUCGACGCGGCCGACGGCGCGCUGGCCGCCGCCGCCCCGAGCGCGCACCUCUCACGGCCGGAGGGCGGCUUCGAGCCGCUGGACCUGGUGCUAGAGGCCUCAAACAUCGCCGCGGCGCUGGCGCUGACGCCGGACGGCGCGCUGGAGUCGUACACCGCCUUCGUCAUGGAGGUGCUGCUGCUGCAGACGCUGCUGGACCGUGACUUCGAGACGGAUUCCCUGGGCACGCAGCUGCUGGGCAUCCUGAAGGCCAACCUCGGAUGGAUCUACGCCGCGUGGGUGUGGAACCCGCGCCCCAUCAUCGCCCUGUCUACGUGCCACCUGCUGACGCGCGACAAGGACUCGGCGCCGCCAGCCGCGCACUGGGUCAAGUGCGUGCGCGCGCUGCGUCCGACGGCUCAGCAGCUUCUCUACCUUGGAGAGGUGCGCCGAGUGGUGCGGGGCCAGCAGGCCGGCCUGGCGCGCGUGUGGCGCCAGCUGGCGGUGCAGCUGGACGCCGCCGCUGCUGCAAACAACUACGGCGCGAUGCUGCUCGCGCUGGACGGGCUGAGCGCGGUGAUGAGGCGGUGGGACGUCGUGGCGGUGGUGCAGGCCCUGGCAUGGAUCAGCGCGGUCACGCCGCAGCAGAUGGCGCGCCUGUGCGUCCGCGCCUUCCCCUACGCGCCCACCGGCGGCGACGCCAUCCUGGACCACAUCCUGGCCGCGUCAGACACCGCCUCCGCCGCCGAGCAGGCCGCCAUGCAGGCCGCCGCCGCGGAGGCGGCGGCCGCGCUCUUGGCAUCGACCUGA